AUCGAAUAGUUUCUUAACUAGAAUUUCUUAAGUCCACUAAGUACACUUAUAUACUUAAAUAAUUAUUAAGAAACUCUAAUGAGUUUCUAUGGAUAAAGAUGCUCUUAGGACUCUAAUUAAAGAUCGUUUCUCUUUAUAGCCGCGUAAAUUUUAAAUUUUAAUUCACAGAUUUUUCUGAAUUACGACAAAAGAAAAAGGAAAACAUUCUAUAAAAAUAGAUUCAUGUGUUUUCAUUUAAUUGAUAUACAGUAUAUGUUUCCUUAAUUCAAAGUUUGACUUGUGAGAGAAUCACUAGAACCUGAUUGUAAUUGGAUAUCGUCAAAGUGCCAAAUUAAUGAAAUUGCGUCGCUUCGAUUCUCAGCUCUCUCUCCUUUUAGUCUUCUCUUUUUUUUUUUUUAGUCUUUACAUUUCUACAUGCAUAGAUUUCGACGUUCAAUCGCUGAAGGUGACAAAGCUUCUUUCUCAUUUCUCGUAAGCUCGUUUGUGCUUCUUAUUAAAGAGCUGCUUUAUAUUUUUACAUUUGAUUUCUUCGAGUUCUGUUCCUAGAACGGUCAUAAAAUUCGUUCUUUAGGGUUUAAUAUUAAUAUCUCAGGCGUAGUUGUUGACUCUUUCUAAUUCUUGGAAGAAAAUAAAAACACUUAGUGCUAGGUGUGUCAAGAAUUCUUUAGUCUGAUAUUCUAAUUUUAUAAUGUAUACUUCAUUCUUAUUACAUCAUCAACGUAUCAUGAAUGUUGUACAAGUUCUUUUAUAUUUUAAUUCUUAUAUUAUCUUCUUUCAAGUAGUUGACAUGUUCUUGUUCUCUUAUUCAGAGAAAAUGACAAGAAUGUGUCCUGCAUUUACUCUUUCUGAUUUUAUCUCUAAUCACACGCUAAUGUGUUUUAUGUUAUGAUCUGGUCUGCGUUUAAAAGUGGGAAAGAUGGAUCUAAAGGUUUCGUGAAGAGAGUUGCAUCAACUUUCUCCAUCAAGAAAAACAAGAAGAACACCACAACCAAUGAUCCAAAACCACUUCUUCCACGGUCCAAAUCAACAGGUUCCAACUAUGAAUCAAUGCGUCUACCUCAAGGGAAAAAGACUCUUCCAGAUGUCAGAGCAGCAAACACGAAGAGGACCAAAUCCGCAGGUGUUUCCCCUCAGCCACGGCGCGAAAAGAUCGAUGAUUCAUCCGGUAAACAGUUUAUCAAGAUGAGAUGUUUUGACGACAGCGAUUCCGUUUGGUUGGCUUCGGACUGCGCUUCUACUUCCUCUCUUCUAGAGGAACGUAGAGUCUCUGUCUCGUUUCAUUUCUCACUCGACGAAAAGGUUGUCUCCUGGUUAUCAAACGCUGCUAACUCUUCAUUGUCUCUCAAAGAGAAUCAUCAUCAUCAUCACCGGACAAAAAGUACUUCAGAGAACAUGCGAAAGGACGGAAAAUUCUGCAACUCAUCCGGUAAAUAUAUAGGAACAGGUUCUGUAAAGUCGUCCUCGCGUUUGCAUGAGAGCAACAACAAGACUUGUCCAAGGAAAUCAUGUGAAGAGUCGUCUAGUCAUGAAGAAAAGAAAGUUAGUUUCUCACUAGAGUCAGAUGUGUCUCCUUCACCGGUUAACUUAAUUUCUGUCCCAUCUACUCCAGCUAGACCCAUACUUGCAGAGAGUGGAGAUUCAAAGAGAAAGCAUGUUGUGGAGCCUCUUUUUUGGCCAUUGGAGCAGAAGUUUGAUUGGACGCCAGAGGAUAUACUAAAGCAUUUCACCAUGUCUCCACGUAGAAAGAAAUCAAUAGGAACCAAAGGUGCAAGUACCUCUCCAAGAUCAAUGAGGGCACAGCUUCAGACAAGAAAGCUAGAUCUCAAAGAAGGGUGCAAGAGAAAGCUCAUGUUCAACGGUCCUGCAGGAUCAAAUUCAAAACCAACACGGAUCCCUGAACUGAAAAGAACAGUAAGCAAUAACAGUAGCAGCAACAAGGGAACCGAGAUCAGCAAGAACCAACAACAACCCAUCAGCAGGAACAUUGUGAAGAGGAACAAAAGUUUGCCGUCUAGGUUGAGAAAAUCUAGUAAAAUAUCUUCAAAGGUGGUACCUAUCGAAGAGAGUGGAGAGAUAGGAGGCAGAGAGGCAAAAACACCUAAGAAGCUUAUCAUGACACGCAAGUCCAGGACUUUCUUGGAAGAUGACUUUGCUUUGAUGAAUGAUUUCUCUAUAGAAAAAGCUGUUGGGCUUUGUGAGUUCAGGGGAAGAGAAGGCAUAGAUUCAGACUUCAACACUGAGGGCUUCUUGUUUGAAGACUCUCUAUGAGAAAAAAAAGAAGAAGAUAAAGGCUUUACAGGUGUGUGAAAUAGUGUAUACUUGCCAAAACCAACAUCUGCAUUGGUGACAAUUUUGUUCCUUGUUUGUAUAUCUAUUGGAUAGUAAAUACAUGUGACAUUCAUAUAUAACCACACAUAUGUAUGCAUUUUGGACCAAUCAAAGA